CACAUUCCGGCAGAAGCAAAAUGCGCCAGGAUUAAUCCCCACUGAACAUGUUUCCGACCACCGACUGGCUAACCAAAAAGACGGCGCUUAGCAGAGCGUGACCAUCACUCAAGAGAAGGAAGGCGCUUAUCCUUAACCACACGGCCCCGUGAUAAGGCUAGCGGUUAUAUAACCUGAGAACAACCUCGAUUUCAGGCAGCAACAUCACACCACGAGUUCUCCUCCUCUCCUUCCGCCUUCUCCUUGAUCGAACAUCAUGGCUCGAAAAUUCCCUGUCGACUCUGCUGGCCCAGAUAUUGUCCGCGACUACAUCAUUACCACCCUAAUCAGAAAGCAUGAAGCGACGCCAGAAUACGCAGAGAAACUGGCUACCUCCUGGCAAUUAGGCCGGGUCCGGGAGCUCCGCUCCGCAACGCUGAAGCAUCUGCAAGACGACUUUGGAAAUGACGUUGGCUUGUGUAUUUAUCGCUCCAUUCGAGAGGAUAUGCUCGAAGACUGGCAGGAAACGACUGCAGCAGCAGUCACCAUUUGGACUGUGUCUACCGCGACGAUGAUCCAUCUUGUGGUUGUCGGGUUGUUCAUCCUACCCGAAUUGGGACUCAUGCAACCUUGUGAACGUAUCCGCGUGGCAAAGUCGCCUGCGUCGUGGCUGUUGUUUGGUUUCGCCUGGCUCAAUUAUCACUACCAGAGACAGGAUAUCGAAGAGCCGGGUCAUAUAUCACUCGCAGGUCCUGUAGGGCUUUUGAGUAUAAGCGUGGGCCUGUAUUUGUUUUCAAUGUAGAGUACAUGCCUUCCAGUUUUCUUUUAUAAUAUUUAUGGAGACCGCUUGAAGUAUGAUGAGGCACUCAAGGGGGGUUCUAGUUGAUUGAAUAUGCUGUGGCGCGCAUUACCUUUUCGGAGAGCAAUGUUUAGCAUCAGUUUCUAACACACUCAGCUACCAGCAUCUAGUAUAGGCAUUCAGUCACUCUGGAGCUAAAGAGUAAAGUUGCUGAUAAAGUGGACGACGAGCUAUCAAAUUUGAGGUAUGUUGCUACAGCGAC